AUGCACAUUAACGUCCUUUUUAUAGACUCGUAUGACUCCUUCACUUACAAUGUGGUGAGACUCAUCGAGGAACAAAGCGUUGAAGGAUUGGGGGUAAAAGUUACCACGAUUCACAACGAUAAGUUUGAUCUCGACAGUCUUAAGGAAUAUUUGCCAUUGUUCGACUGUAUAGUUGUUGGUCCUGGUCCUGGUAAUCCCAUUAACGGUGCUAAGGAUGUGGGUGUGAUCGAUGCCUUGUUCAAGAAUGGCCACGAUCCUACCAUAAAUCAAAUCCCAUUGCUGGGUAUAUGUCUGGGAUUUCAGGCCAUGUGUCUACAUGAGGGUGCUGUUAUUGAAGAGUUGCAUACUAUCAAGCAUGGCCAAGUUUACCCGAUGGCGUUAGCUGAUGAUCAGCAAUGCGACAUAUUUAAGGGAUAUCCACAGGAAUUCAAAUCCGUCAGGUACCACUCUUUACAAGUAAAGACUGUUACUGACUCAUUGUUACCGCUAGCUUACACUAAUGAUGAAAAUGGGAAGAUACUAAUGGCUGCCAAGGUCAAGAAUAGGGAAUGGUAUGGUGUCCAGUAUCAUCCAGAAUCAUGCUGUUCGGAGUUAGGUCAGAUUUUGAUCAGCAACUUUCUAGAUAUUGCCCAUAAGCAUAACGUUAUCAGUGGAAGGAGAGCUACCAAGGAAUUACUCUGUGCAGACAACUCUACUUUACAGAACAUUGAGUACUUGAACCACACCAUUGAUCUAAGUAGCAUAUUUGUUAGUGACUCAUUGCCCUUAGAUGUAAAGUCUCCAAGACUCGCUAUGGAAGAGUAUGACAUUGAAGAAACACCAAAUGUGACGUUUAAGUUAGCAGAGCUAAUAGACUCUCACAAAUUUAUAUUUGCAUCCUCCUCUCUAAGUGAAAACAGAGGAGAAUGGUCAAUUAUUGCAUUGCCGGAUUCAAAUUCACCAGUGUUUUCUCAUUAUGUCAAUUACAAUAAGACCGUAUGUCACAGAUGGAGAUCAGAACAUGUGAAGAAGCAGGAUAUAUUAGAAUGUUUCCGUGGUGGUAGUGACGCCAGGGUUAACGAACAUUUGACAGUGAUUGAUGAGGACAAGGAUAAAUUUUGGUGUACCCUGGGUGCUUUUAUGAAGGAUCUGCUGGUAGAAGAGCAUACAGAUAUGCCAUUUAUUGGAGGUUUGUUAGGUAUUCUUGGAUAUGAGAUGGGUAAUGAUGUGGAGAAUAUUUACGAUGAUAGAGAGCUGACUGAUAUCAUACCAAGACCUGAUGCGAAGCUUAUUUAUAUCGAAAACACGCUAUUGAUCAAUCAUAAGGAAGGUAAACUGUACUUGAUAUCUUUGAGAGAUCAGUUCCCACAAGACAUAAAGGAACGAGUUAGUAAAUAUGUUACACAGAGUGUUAAGGAAGACUUGCAUUGGCCGGAUAGGCUCCCUGAAGGCAUUAACUAUGAUAUUGAGAUGCCAAAGCUGGAAGAAUACAAAGAGGCCUUUGAAGAGUGUCAAAGGAUCAUGCAUCGUGGUGACUCAUAUGAGAUAUGUUUGACCACACAAACAAGGAUUAACAUGGAGACAGUGUUGGAACCAUGGAGAAUAUUUCAGACACUGGUCCAGCGAAACCCGGCUCCAUUUUCCAGCUAUUUGGAGUUCAGUGAUAUCGUGGAUAACCACGACUCGAAUCUAUGCUUUAUCAGUACAUCACCUGAGAGGUUUUUGAGGUGGGACCAAGAUAGUUGUGAGUUAAGACCCAUUAAGGGCACAGUGAAGAAAGGGCCAGAUAUGGACCUCGAGAAAGCCACUGCAAUAUUAAAAACACCAAAGGAGUUUGGUGAAAAUCUGAUGAUUCUUGACUUGAUUCGAAAUGAUCUUUACCAGCUACUGCCAGACGUCAAAGUGGAAGAGUUUAUGUCUGUAGAGGAAUACGCGACCGUGUACCAACUAGUGAGUGUUGUCAAGGCCCGCGGAAUCCAGUCCCCUACACGCCAUAAUCGCCAGUACAGCGGUAUGGAUAUACUAAGACACUCUUUACCUCCGGGAUCCAUGACAGGGGCACCAAAGAAGAUUACAGUGGAAUAUCUCUACCGUGACUUGGAACGCAAACUGAACCGCCACGUCUACAGCGGGUCCCGUGGUAUAUACAGUGGGGUUACGGGCUACUGGUCUGUCAACGGUAACGGUGACUGGUCUGUCAAUAUCAGAUGCAUGUACAGUUAUAACAGCGGUAGCUCGUGGCAAUUGGGCGCCGGAGGUGCCAUAACUGUUCUAAGCACAGCCGAGGGCGAGCAAGAAGAGAUGUUCACAAAGCUGGAAAGCGCCCUACAAAUAUUUACCUGA